GACACUCGCCGGUACCCGUCUGCAAAUUCAGUGUAAAAAUAAGACAUUUUUCUAAUUUAAUUUCUUCUGAUUUCGAUAAAAACAAAGAUGAAACGAAGACCGUGGCCGUUUCGAUCGAACGGCUCACGUCUCUCCGCCCUUCCAUCUCCCAACAUCAACGGUGGAAAAGAGGAUGAACGCGCGAGGAGACAACGGAGCACCAAAUUCACCACCCUCACACCUUCAUGGAUAUCUCCAAGCCGUCAGAUUCAAUCGCGCUCGAUACCUUCAUCUUCGACUUCGAAGGACGGCGGUGAUUUCACCGCACUUCCUUACGACGUACUGACGAAAAUCGCAGCCUCCUUCGGCGUCGGCGAUCUCAGAACGGCGUCGUUAGUGUGCAAGCCCUGGUGCGACGCGCUCCGGCCAUUGAGGGAGGCGAUGAUGUUGUUGAGGUGGGGGAAAAGGUUUAAACACGGCCGCGGUGGAGUUCGGCCCAAUUUGGAUAAAGCUCUCGACUCAUUCUUGAAAGGCGCGGCUCGUGGCUCGACUCUAGCUAUGGUCGAUGCCGGUCUUGUGUAUUGGGAGUCGGGGAAUAAGGACAAGGCCAUGGCUCUGUAUCACAAAGCUUCAGCCUUAGGAGACCCUGCUGGGAAAUUCAAUUUGGGGGUUGCUUAUUUGCAAGCUGAACCUGCAAAUGCUAAAGAAGCUGUGAGAUGGUUUUAUGAAUCUGCCAUGGCUGGCUAUGUUCGUGCUCAGUACCAACUUGCACUUUGUCUGCAUCAAGGUCGAGGGUUGGAACGUAAUGACAUGCAAGAAGCUGCUAAAUGGUACCUGAAAGCUGCUGAAGGUGGCUAUGUCCGUGCCAUGUAUAAUGUUUCCCUGUGCUACUCGUUUGGGGAAGGCUUGAGACAGUGUCAUCGACUAGCAAGAAAAUGGAUGAAGAGGGCAGCUGACCGCGGUCAUGCUAAAGCUCAAUUUGAACACGGACUCGCACUCUUCUCAGAGGGAGAUUUGUUUAAAGCUGUAGUGUAUCUGGAGCUUGCGACCCGAGCUGGUGAAACAGCAGCAGCCCAUGUCAAAAAUGUGAUUCUUCAACGAUUGUCAGAGAAAUCUCGUGAUAGAGUCCUGGUUCUUGCAGACAAUUGGCAAGCUUUGCCGUCAGGGUCAUGAGUUUUAUAGCACAGGUUCACUGUCAAUAUACAUUUUCUUGUCUUUCUUCUCAGGCUACAAUAUCGUCCUAUUGUGGAUGUGGAUGACCUUAAAGGGGACAUGGGUUAACUGUUGGCUCAAUCAGCUGUUUGUAUUUGUAUAAAGGCUCCUAGAUGUGAGUGAGAUAACUUUGUCAGUUUGCAGAUCUGACUCUGAGGUUUCCUCCCUUUGAAGUUUGGGCCAUUAUUUAAUGAUAUAUUCGACAAUAUCUUGCAAGUUGGGCUUAAACUAUGUGUUGUUUAGCAAAGUUCAACCAUGAAAAUCUAUCAGGCUCUCAUUAUAAGUUCUACUUUGAUUAAAAUCUUAAGACCUCCAUUUGGAGCUUUGUUAGCACUUUAACGGUUUGGCUGUUUUGUUUGUAUCUCAAUUCUCAAGGAACUUUAGCAUUAUUAGAUUUGGUUGGAUUUUUCUUCA